GAUUUAUCUAAUGGAUCUAAGGAUACUUUUGCAAAAUAGCCAAUUGUGGAUGACAAUGGUAAUCACACUGGUUCGCACGAGAUGCCGAAUAAUCCUACGGAACCACUGACACGUAUCACAAAAACGAAUGACAAUCGUCAAAACCAUCAGGAGAACUUGGCCCCAGGCUAUCAUAAUAAUAGUUGUCAUUCGGAAAAUCUUCCUGAGCAUAUCAAAGCUAUUAAAACUGGUACCACAGAGGGGAGAUCAUUAGAAGAAUUUUCACAUCACGUAGGGAAAUGUAGAGAUGCAUCCAUCGUCAUAAAUGCAGGACAGGAAUAUUGGAAUCUUAAGUACGUGGGAGACAUUAAUUCUGAAGAGCUAAGCUCCAUCGGUGCGAAUCGCUAGUCGUCUGAAGAUCAUAUGAAACAUUUCGAUGUUAGUGGUGAUUCAGGUUCGUCUUCUGAAACUAACAGUGAGGAUGCCAUAGAAAAUACCUCUGCUCGUCAUGAUUCAAAACACGUUGAGCAUAAUCCCUUUGUUGACCGAAUGGAGUUGGAGCUAGUGAUUAAUUCAAAACCCGAAGAGUUUCCCCAAGUGUAUACGGAAGACGAGUAUCAGAAUAAGGGAUGCCAUGCAGCAACUGCCAGUACUAAUGACGAUUCUAUGAAAACAUGUGAAAAUUCUAAACCUUCGAAGAAAUUUCUCCAAAACAAUGAUACGGAUGAGCCUGCUGGAGUGGGAAUAUCCGUCAAAAAACAACUAGCUACAUAUGUGGAAACUUCAGCAAACCUAUUGGUAGUUUAGUAUACUUUGUAAUUGAC